GUGAUUUGUGUGUCAGGCCGUCAUAAUUAAUUACUAUUUCUUUCGCGACCAUAGUCUUUCAUCUAACCGGUGGACAAUGUGGACUUGUCAUUCCUUAUCGUCACCUCUUUUGUACCUUAAAUAAAAUAAGUAAAUAAAUAAGACAAAGCGCAGAGUUCAAGCAUCUUUGAGCCCAGAGUUCUGUUUUUUUUUUCCUUUGAUCAAUCUACCAUGGUUGCAGAAACCAACCGAAGAUUGAAGCGUUUUCUCUUCUUCUUGUGCUUAUUUCUAAACACCCAGUUCUCAUUUGGAGCUGAUACAAUCUCUUCAGACCACUCACUCUCUGGUGAAUCUACCAUUGUCUCUGCGAAAAGGGUAUUCGAGUUGGGAUUCUUUCGACCAGGUUCAUCUCCAAAUUAUUACCUCGGAAUAUGGUACUCUAAAGAUCGUUCUCGAAAGGCAGUUUGGGUGGCAAACAGAGAAAAACCAGUUACAUUUGCGUCGGAGCUAAGAAUCUCAGAUGGUAAUUUAGUUCUCUUCGAUGAGUUAAAAACGGUUGUUUGGUCUACAAAUGUGAGUUCCAUUAGAAAUUCCUCUCGUUCUGUAAAGGCGGUUCUUUUAGCUGAUGGCAACCUUGUCUUAAAAGCUACAACAGGUCCAUCAGAAUCAUUGUGGGAAAGUUUUGAUUACCCAACUCAUGUGUGGCUGCCUGGGGCUAAAUUUAGGUAUAACAAAAUAACCAACACUAGCCAGGUUAUCACUUCAUGGAAGAACUCGGAAGACCCCGCUCCAGGCCUUUUCUCUUGUGAGAUUGAUCCAAAAGAUAACACUUUUAUGUUACUAUGGAGUAGGACUCAAAAGUAUUGGGAUAGUGGAACUUGGAGCAGUAGUACUUUUAGCAAUUACCCCACGAUGAAGUUCAGGUAUAUCUAUGAUUACAAGUUGGUUAACAAUACAAACGAAAGCUAUUUCACUUAUUCCAUUAAAGAAGAUUCUGUAGAUAUAUCUCAUCUCGAAAUAGAUGUUUCGGGACAGGUUAAGAUAUUUAAUCUGGUGCCUCCUAACCCAUGGACUGUAUUUUGGUCAUUUCCGAGCCAACAAUGUGAUGUCUAUGGCUUUUGUGGGGCAUAUGGUAGCUGCAAUGAAAACUCGUCGCCUCAUUGCAGUUGCUCCAAAGGGUUUAAGCCAAAGUCCCCAAUUGAUUGGGAUUCCAAGAAGGACUAUUCGGGUGGUUGCAUUAGAGAUACUAAAUUGCAGUGUGAGAAGAUUAAUGGUAGUACUAAGGGUAACGAGAGAGAUACAUUUUUGGAGAUCCAUAUUAUGCUGUUGCCUGAAAAUAAACAAUCUCUGGAAGCAAAGAGUUCAGAUGAAUGCAAAUCGAAAUGCUUGAUCAAUUGCUCUUGUACUGCUUAUGCUUAUGACACCCUUGGUUGUUCAAUUUGGAAAGGAGAUGUGUUGAAUAUGGUGCAGCUUGGAGUCGGUGACAGCAAUCGAAAGACUCUCUUUGUUCGACAAGCUGUUUCGGAUCAUAAAGGACUUCUACGAAAUUGGAAGUUCUAUGUUAUCUUGUUUGUCUGCAUUGCGGUGCUCAUCUUUUUCAUUGCUGGUUUCUUAUACUAUAUGAGAAGAAGAAAGAUGGCCAACAAAGAUGGUUUUAGGAGAAACAGUCAGAUAAACAGGAUAGUCAGCGCGGAUGAAAGUGAGAGGCAUGUCUCAAACUUGCUACUUUCGAGUUCAGGCCAAUACCAAUUCGGAGAAGAUGAGAAGAGAGACAUACAUAUUCCAUUUGUAACUCUGGAAAGCAUACUAGUAGCUACAGAUAACUUUUCAGAGGCAAACAAACUUGGAGAAGGAGGAUUUGGCCCUGUUUAUAAGGGCUUAUUUCCUGGAGAAGAAGAAAUUGCUAUAAAGAGGCUCUCGAGUGGUUCAACUCAAGGAUUAGAAGAAUUUAAGAAUGAAGUAUUGUUGAUAGCCAAACUUCAGCAUCGAAAUCUUGUUAAACUUGUUGGCUAUUGUGUUGAAGGAGAUGAAAAAUUGUUGCUUUACGAAUACAUGCCCAAUAAGAGUUUGGACACAUUCAUAUUCGAUGACAAGCUGUGUGAGUUGCUCAAUUGGGAGAUUCGCUUUAAUAUCAUAUUGGGAAUUGCAAGAGCGCUAAUUUAUCUUCAUCGCGACUCAAGAUUAAGAAUUAUUCAUAGAGAUUUGAAAUCUAGCAAUGUUCUACUUGAUGAGGAAAUGAAUCCAAAAGUUUCAGACUUUGGAUUAGCAAAGAUUUUUGGAGGUAAACAAAUUGAGGCAAGCACAAACAGAGUCGUUGGUACAUAUGGUUACAUGUCUCCAGAAUAUGCAUUAUAUGGAUUAUUCUCAGAAAAAUCAGAUGUUUUCAGUUUUGGUGUUGUCAUACUUGAGAUUAUAAGUGGAAGAAAAAACACAAGAUUUUCCCAAUCAGAAUUAGCUAUGAGCCUUCCUCAUUAUGCAUGGAAAUUAUGGAAAGAAAACAAUGCACUUGAUCUGAUGUACCCAACAUUAAGGGAGAGUUGCAACGAAAUUGAAUUCUUGAGAUGUGUCAAGGUUGCAUUACUUUGUGUACAAGAUGACCCAGCUGAUCGUCCCAUCAUGUCAAAUGCAGUCUCCAUGCUUGAAAAUGAUCAAGUUGGCAGUAUUUCAAGUCCCCAACAACCAACUUUUGUGUUGAAAAGCUCUGUUUCUUAUGACGGUUGUACUGAACAAUUCUCUGAAAACGUGUUGACAAAUACCAUAAAUGAAGGCCGUUGAUCAUGUACACCUUCCUACAUUGCUUACUAGCAGAAGCUGUGUUACUUGAUCCUCUUCUAAGGGCAAAAGCUGGUUGUUUGACUGAUGGAAGGGUUGCAGAGUCGCUGCCAAGAUCGCUUGGGUCUUCUUGUACGCAUAAGAGCCCAAUAUUUACACACUUAAUCAAUUGAUCUUCUUUGCCGAGGCUUUAAGUAUGAGAGAGGCCUUGAGUUGGCUCAAGAAUAAAAACUGGCAGUAUGUCUUCCUUGAAACGGACUGUCUUGCGAUUGUAAAAGUGAUUCGUCAAGUAGAAAUGUUAUCUUGUUUUGGUAUUGUAAUUCGUAACUGUAGAGAUUUGCUUAAAGAGUUGAGAAAUGUCUCUUUAUGUUUUGUAAAACCGUCCGCCAAUAUAGUAGCUUAUAGUCUUGCUAGAGCUUUCAUUUGUUAU